AUGUCUUCCAGCAAAGUAUCUGCCAAAGAGAGCAGGACAAGUAAAUCCUUACCUAAACCACAUGGGAAGGAACAAAUAGUUGAAGAAGCUAUAGUCAGCAGUCAGCAGACACCAGUGAGAUUAGAACAGCGGGAAUUAGAACCUUUAACUCCACUUGUCAUUACUAACAACCAUGAUACAUCAAUUAGCCUGCAGAAGCCACAAGCAACCUCAACCCCUGCAACAGUUAAUGGACAACUUAGGAGUCCUCCUCUCAGUCCAGAUUCUGGUACAGACCAGAGUGAUGACGAAACAUUUUCACCCAGUGACCACCAGUGCUUAAUGCACUCACUUACGGGCAUGUGCUUUCCCUGGUCUUCUAGCAGCAGUAAACAGGUUUGUUUGGGAGGCACUUGUGAUAGUCUGGACUCUCGGAGAUCUGAACCCAACUUUGGACGUUUCUACAAUGUCAGUUACUUGGGCAUGGAGAAGCCAGGUUACAUUAAAGGAGCCAGCCUGAAGCCGCAAGAUAAGAACAAGUCACUGAGUGGUUCACAUUUUCACAGACCACCCAACUUCACGUAUUCCAAGGAACCACCGGCCUUUUUAAAGAAGAAAGCAUCUGGCAUGGCUGUUUUAGCUUCUGGACAAAAACGUAUAGUAAAAGUGCGCCGCAGCUCAUCCCCAGCAGAGCUGCGUAACCAGGAGGCCGUCCGCAUGAGCAUGUACCCAAGUGCUAAACCCAAGCUGCCCAAUGAGCCUGACAAAAUAGAGAGAGAUGAUUGGCCAGCUCCUGCAUCACCUGCUGCUAUACUGCCAGAGAUUUUGCGACAACGUCGACGAAGUAGAGGAGAGAAGGAUGAUGAUGAUGAUGAUGAGGAGAUCCAAGAGGAUCCCAAAAUUAAACGUGAGCUUGAAGAAAUCUCAAAAAUCAAGGAUGAGAGUGGUAUAGGCCAAGUAAUUUACAAGGAGCUUGACAAGCUGAAAGCCAAACCUCAUCAACCACUAGAUCCAUGGAAGGCUUCCAGAGCUCCAAGUGCCAAGUUUGAACCGAGAUACCGUACACGCUUUCAGUCGCCAAUGUUUGCCUCGCCGUCUAGGUUCCUGGACAGACCUCGCUAUGCAUGGGAUGACAGUGAUAUUAGGGCCUAUAGAUCUGCCUCCACCCUGGCUAACUUGCCCA